AUGUUGUUCUCUCAGCUAACUCUCCUCGCUCUUGUAGCGAUCUGCAAUGCCGCGCCGGCGAAAGAGGCAGAUCCUGUGGUCCAGCUCGAGUUCAUCAACGCGGAAGAUGACCCAACACUGGCCGCCCUGCUAGACUAUCCAGACUUCAACAACACUACGGAGACCGAUGUCCUGGAGAAGCGCAAAGCCGUCAACGACUGCGGCCCUUCUACAUUCAUCGAUCAGGGCUCGGCUGCAUCGCCAUUCGUCGAUGAUUGCUACUGCAUUGGCGCCAACAUCGGAGGAGGCGGAACCUUCGAGGUCGGCUGCGGAGAGGGCCAGCUCGUCAAGGCCAAGUGCCGCACCUGUGCUUGGGGUGCGAGAUGCAAACCGCAGGGCUUGAACGGUGCCAGGAUUGGCAACGCGGACAUCUACAACACCAUUGAUACGUCUAUCGACAAGUUUGCGUCUGGAGGCAAGGUCGGCUCUCUCGGACAGAUGAAGUGCGACAGUGCCCAAGGCGGCGGACACAGCCAGAACAUUCGCUGGGGUGUCUACCACACUUGA